AUGCCUUCGCAACGCCGGGUCAAGGUCUUUGCCCUACUGGCAGUUCUGGCUGUCCUCAGUUUCAUCUAUCUUUCUUCAGCUGCAGCAUCGACGCGAUCAAGUCCCUUCUAUACAAACACAGCAAAUGCUCUGAACACAAAGCACCAGGAAGCACUGGACCUUGAGAACCAUCAAAUCAUCCACGAGGCCGCCGAGAAAGCCGAGAAAGAGAAGGAAGCCGCCAACAUCCGUGAUCCUGAUCUUGCUGCCGUUCCCGGUCAGAAGAGCGUUGCCGGCAGGAAGAUGAUCAAGGGAGAGAAGGGACUGAAGGACGACGGCGUGGCAAAGGUUGGAAACACAGGAGCACAACAUGCACAAGCCGCAGAUCCCGACGAGACCGAAGAGGAGCACAAGGCUGAGGUUGAACUGGACUCCAUCUUGAAGAAGAGCCCAAUCGUCAUCUUCUCCAAAAGCUACUGCCCUUACUCGAAGAAGGCAAAGGCUAUCUUGCUUGAACAGUACAACAUCGUGCCAGCCCCUUACGUUGAGGAGCUCGAUCUUCACCCUCUGGGCCCUCAAUUGCAAGCAGCGCUUCUGAAGACCACAGGCAGACGCACAGUCCCUAAUGUUUUGAUCAACGGAAAGAGCAUUGGUGGAGGCGACGAUAUUGCAGGCCUGCACGAGAAUGACAAGCUGAUUCAGCAGAUCAAGGACUUGGGAGGCAAGCGCAUCAUGGAGGUGUCAAAGGCCGAGCCAAAGGCAGCCCUCAAAUUCAGAAGCUAA